AUGGUGUCUUGGUCGGAGGUGAAGAGUCGAAUCGGUGACUAUGUCCAGGAGACUUGGAUUCGUGUUGCGCUGCUUAAGGUAUGGACGUCGUUUUUUGACUUGUAUGGCGUUUCCGUACUGGGUAAGUUGAUCCGAGAGUUGAUCCGAGAGUUGAUCCGAGAGUUGAUCCGACAGUUGAUCCGACAGUUGAUCCGACAAUUGAUCCGAUUGACUGAUGCCGCUUCAACCACAUCCGUCUCCUCCAUCAUGAACAUCGCCAAUAGCCACAUCUCACCUCCCUCCUCGGGGCUUCACCAUAUCAACUCCGUAUCGGCACACAUCCCGGCGACGACCUCCAAUGAUCAUCACAUGUCCGACGUUCAGUUGGAAUGCUGCCCCGUCACCACGCUAGACUUGCGUCUCGCUGCGCUUCCAUCCGGUCUUCUCAUCCUCGCGUGUCCCUCGUUAGAAUCCCAAAUCCACAAAGGUUGGUUCUCCGUUCGCUCGUUCAGGCCACUCAUUGUGGUGUUCGCCCCCAUGGCUCCUUCGUUCCUCCUACCCCGAGAAGGCGAAUCCGGCGGAAUCACCGUCGGCUGGCUCCUCGCCAUCGCCCUCGGCGGAGCCGCCCUCCUGUUCGUCUCCCUGGCCUUCAUCCUCGUCUGCCUCACCGACCGCCGCACCCACCGCGCCCAACUCGCGGCCCGAACCCGAGACCUACAGCCAGCCUACCGCAACCUCAACUCCUCCUCAGCAGAAGAGGUCAACGGCUCGCCAGCCCCACACCCCCGAUCCGGCCGUCGGCGACGCCUCACCAAGUCGCCGCAAGUCUCCCCGGUGCGGAGCCAGAGGAGCGGCAGCUCGCUCCUCUUCCCCCGUCUAGCCAGCAGCGGCAGCCUCACGCACUUUUUCGGCUCGCCCAACAAAAACAACAACAACAACAACAACAACAACAACAACAACAACAACAGGAGGUCCCCUGCGGCGGCCCAGCGUAACAAUUCGUGUCGGACAAACGCCUCCUGGGUCGACGAGGAUGCCAUUCACGGGCCCAAGAUGGGGAAGCCGUCGUCUCGCCAGUCCAGGCGCAUCACGCUCCGCGAUAGCUGGCUCAUCUUACGGCCCCCGACUCUGCCCGCCUUGUUGGGAUACCGCGACAACGACGUCAACCAGGAAUCGUUUUACGAGCACCAGAAUUACCCGCUUAUGCCCCGCCCCCGCCCCGUGGCUGUUCUGCCUGGGCACCAGCAAGCGCGUGACCAUGGCCAUGGCCAUGGCCAAGACGGCGAGCGGAAACCCGCGUCGCGGGUGCCGUUGGUGCGCACGCCCUCGUACGAACUGGCGGAGAAACGCGCCGCGGCGCUGAGAGCCGGUUUCACGCAGUGCGAGGACUCGCAGACCGCGAACCCCUUCCCGCAAGGCCCGCGACCCCCACCAGCAACACGCGUAAGACAGGCCGUCGCCGUCACCGCCACCGUCACCGAGUCGGACCUGCAGGCGAUCCUCCGGAACACGGCGCAACGGUUGCGCGACGGGAGCCCUUCUCCGAAUACCAGUCCCACCAGGAAACCGACCAACAUGCCCACGCGGCAUCGCAGGACGUCUUCGGUGCGGGAGUCGCCCGUGAAGAUGCGCCGGCCGGAUCUCGAUGGCGCGGUUCCCUCGCGCCAGAUGCCGCUGUCUCUUGGGGCAGCGGCGCCGGCCACGCCGAGCCCGCAGAAGAUGGGCAACGGGCCGGCACUGGCGCCUCAUAGCGCCCCAGCUGCUAUUUCCACGUCGUCCCACCGUCUUGUCCGGAAUGGGAGCCCCCAGAAAGUGUCUGCCGCCCCGGGACGUCGACGCAACGUGUCGCAGUCGUCCGUCACCUCCGAUACGGACAGUCUGUUUGGGGAAUCUGUGUCCGAGACGGAACAAGUUGUUGAGACCGGCCUGUCGAGCCCCAGUCGCCGCGUUGUCCGGGGUUGCAAGGAGCCUGUGCUGCCACUGCAGCAGAUACAGCGAGUGCAACAGGUGCAGCCGGUGCAGCCGGAACAGCCGGAACAGCCGGAGCAGCAGCAGCGCCGCAGAAGCAUGUCCAUCCAGUCGACUGCCAGCUCGGUCUCGUCGGCUCUCUCGACGGUAUACAGUGAAAACGAGCCAGAGGACGACAAGGGCGGAGACGAGCGCAGAAAUACGCUGCAUCUAAACUCAUCCGGCCAGUCCACAGGCACGCAGAAAUCCUGGAGCCAGCGACGCGCAACGCACAGGGUCAAAAUGAGCGACCCGUUCGCGCCUGCUUCAGGUGCGGCGGCGCCCCGCAUCCCAGCAAAGUCGUCCCGGCGACCCGUCGUGAUGCCACAGGGGACGACACCCCGUCAGCUGCAUUCCCGCCGGGCCUCGUCCCAGGACGGCGGUGGCCACCCGCUCGGUUCCAUCUCGGGCAACGCGCAGUCCUCCCCCGGACGUGCUCCUCCCCUCAUGUCAUCCCUGAUCCUCUCGAAUCAAGUGGACCCGGCCAGGCGAGACGAGUUGCGCCUGUCCAUCAUGAUGACCCCGCCCGAUAUGGGCGGCGGAUGCGGCAACGUGCGGUCCAAGACGGUGGCGAUGAUGAAGCCGGCGUUUUUCGCGACGAGCUCGAGCGUUGUCAGUAUGGAAGCCUCGCCGUCGACGCCCGAGGACGACCGCAGGGGGUCGGCGAGAGCGAGAGGUCACGGGCCCAAGACGAGCUCCGGGGCGCGGUCGGCGGUCCUACCGCCGCCGUUGAAUUUGCAUCCGAUCCUAGGUUCGCCUUGCAUCGAGGAGAUGAAGGGGAACACGGCCGCGACACAGCGUCAAGUCGUGACGCGCGAAUCGGCGGAUGACGUUGCGUCUCUGCCAUCCAGUCCCCUUGCCACCCGGCCCCGGCCACUACCGGAAUCUCACCAUCAAGACACCGAAUCCAAAGGUAAUAGUAACGACAACAGCAGCAGCAGCAGCAACAGCAGCAACAGCAACAACAGCCCCAGUAGAGGGCCGUCCAAUAACGCAUCAGACUCGAGCUCCCACUAUUCCGACGCGCAGAGCCAUACCGGCCAAUCUUCCACCCGCUUCCCGCCCCUCCACACCUCCAUCCUCCAGCUCCGCCGCAUGAACAGCCAACUGAGCACGCACAGCCGCGCCUCCACCGUCCUCGCCCCGGAUAGUCCCACCCUCCCGACCCUCCGCGGGGGCGGGUUCAGCCCGGAACGUAGCAGCAACAGCAACGACACAAACCAGGCGGGGCGGGCCAACUACCUCAACCUCGGAGUCGGAGGAGGGGGGGAGAGAAGUCCAGGGUCGUCGUCACGCGCGCCGCGACGGGGUCGGUGUAUCAGGAACGCGAGGGACUCGGUGGAUAGGCAGCGGGGGAGGGGCGGGGCCACGCGCGAGAAUAAUCGGGGGGCGAGGGAGCGGCCGCUGCAGACUAUGGAGGAGCAGGAGAAUACUAAUACUCGGGGUGAUGACGGGGAACAAGCACGGGGGUACUCUGGAGAAGGGGGGCUUUCGCGGAGGAGUAGUUUGAAGGGGAGUUUCCGUGACUCGGGCAGUCCUCGGCGACGGUUGAGUGUCCGGUUUGGCGAAGUGGAGGAGCGGGUGUUCGUGCGGGACCAAGAGAUUGGCGACAGCUAUCCCGAGGUGACCGUGACCGAGUAUAACUGGGAGGAGGAGCCCGGGCGUGGAUGUGAACCAGAUGGACGGGCCGACGUGACGCCGACGAAACGGAACCGGCACGAGGUCCGGGGAAGCAAGGACAGUCUUGGACUGUACGACAAGGAUGGGUUCCUGAUGAGCUCGCCUGAGCGGUUGCCGUCUUCUGCUGCGGAGGGUCGGCCGAGCGAAGGACUGAGGAUAUGAUGGUCUCCAAGGGGGUGGCACUGAGAGCUGCGAGUCUCCGUUUCGUUUUCGUUUGUAAUUCGGGGUAUGGUGAUUCUGCUACUACUACCUGUUCAAAGUCAGCUAUUCAGUCGGUCACUCCCGGGCUUUUUUUUUUUUCUUUUUCUUUUUUCUUCUUUCUUUUGUCUUUUCUUCCAAGCAGUGCAAGUUUAAUCAGAAGGCCAAAGUCCCCAAGUUUGUGCGUACCUACCUAGACGGUUGUCCGAAUCCUUGCCAAAGAUGAUCAUAUCACCAUCUCCGGACACAAUCGAACCAGCCAAGAACACGGAGAUGUAGACACCUCAUGACGGU